UUCAAUUAACGAUCCAUAAUGGCUACCUUUCAAGAUCUCCAAUUGAAGGUUUGGAUUCCGCAUUUGACAUCAUUUUAAUAGUCAAAAAAAAAAAUUCUAACUUUUUUUUUACCGGUUCACAAUUUUCAACUCAUCAAAAGAAAUGUAUGAACGCGCUCGAAUGCCAGCUUAGUUGGUAGCUGUGUGCAGUGUGCAGGAAUGUUAAGAUUUUUUUCAUAUUUGAGCUGAUCACAGCUAAAAUCCAAUGAACCAUUUGAUUUGAAAGCUUCUCUGUCUAUAUAUAUUCUUCAUGCACAUGCUGGUUGCAUAUAUACUUAGCCUCACCAAACAAUGAAUGAUAAAUCAAAAGCCAAACAAAGCAAAAACAGUGUUGCUUCAUCUACAAGUUACCAUAACUUCUUUAGUUCAAAGCAUACCAUGGAAAAAAAACUUGUCUGCAGCGGUUGCAAACGAGAGUGUAUUGUACCAACAAAAACAACUACAUACCGAUGCUACAUCUGCAGCGGCGUUAACAAAUUGGUUUCAGGUUAUAAGCAAUCAAGAGAAAACAGUUCAGGAGCGAAAUCAGUCAACCAGAAGCAACUAGACCGUGCUAGCCGAAUUGUACCAAGAGAAAACAGUUUAGGAGCCAAAUUAGUCAACCUGAAGAAACUAGACCGUGCGAGCAGUAUUGGAUCAGGUUAUUCAUCGUCUUCGUUUUCCUCAACUAUAAUCGGUAACAAACGCGCGGUUCUCUGUGGAGUUUCUUAUAGCAGAAGAAGUCGAUAUAGGCUCGAGGGAACCAUUAAUGAUGUUGUUAACAUGAAAUCUCUACUGGUUGAUACUUUUGCAUUCCCGACUCAAUCCAUACAUGUCCUCACAGAAGAGCAAAAGGAUCCAAAUUUCACUCCGACGAGGAAGAAUAUAAUGGAAUCCUUAAAAUGGCUGGUGAAAGACUGCGAAUCAGGAGACUCGUUGGUGUUCUACUUCUCCGGACACGGUAUGCAACAACCGGCGCAUGAUAAUGAUGAAAUUGAUGGACUUGAUGAAACUAUUUGCCCUGUUGAUUUUAUUAGAUCAGGAAUGAUCACUGAUAAUGAAAUCAACUCUACUAUUGUUGGACCACUCAAGGAUGGUGUUAAACUUCAUGCUUUUAUCGAUGCUUGUCAUAGCGGAACUACGCUCGAUCUCAUGCAUGUUUAUAAAAAACAUAUUGGAAAUUGGAAAUGGAUGGAUAACAAUCCCAAUAACACAGAAUCUGUUACUAAAUCUACAAAAGGCGGAAUGGCCAUUUGCAUCAGUGCUUGUGAAGAUUAUCAGAUAGCUGCCGAUACUGCGGCUUUUGGAGGAAAACAGAUGAACGGUGUUAUGACCUAUCUUUUAACAAAAAUAAUCAGAGACCAUUCUGGAAUUACAUAUGCCGGUUUGCUAGAAAAACUGCACGAAGAAAUUCCAAAUAUUCGGCAAAACAAACAUUUUAACAGGCUCUUGAAACGUAUUUUUCGAAGUAAAAUUGAUCAGGACCCUCUUUUAUCAUCAUCGGCGAUAUUUGACGUUAAUACGAGAAUAUCACUUUGAGCAAUUACGCCGGAAUAAAACAAAGCCCUGAAUUGACAUAUGGCCAUUUGUUCAACGAGAUGCACUCGCAACUCAUUAGGCUAAAGCGCGGAUGUUUGAAGUUCGAACGAAAAGCCAAAAGCUUAUUAGGGAAACUUGGAAUGGAAGCACUAUAUAUCAGUCCCUAUAUUACAUUAUUUAUACAAAGUUCUUUUCAAUAUAAUUUAUUUAUAACACAAUGUAUAAUUUUACAACAUGCCAUAAAUAACAUGAAGUUGUUUCGAAAUGCAUUUUCACUACAA